UCGAAUAGAUUUUAGAAUUAAAAAAAAAAUGAGAAGCAUGUGGAAAAGAAUUUAUGGCUGUUUUAUGUAAAACACAGUGGAAACAAAACAAAAAAAAAUGAUGAAAUUAUUCACAACAAAUUGGCAUCGUAUAUUUUUCAUCACAUACAUUUUAUUGUUUGUAAUACAAAGUCAAUUGAUAAAAUUAAUCCAUGUGGAUACGGCAACAUCAAAUUAUAUGAUGAUGGUUUCAACAACGACCAUACAUCCAACAACAAUAGUAUUGGCAACUGAAAUAUUGAAAUUAUUAUUAGCCAUUAGUAUCUAUGUAAAAGAUAAUGAUUUUCGUUACAUACCAAAUGAAUUAUUUGGACAUAAUCGUCUUUUAUUAUUGUCCUGUAUACCGGCCAUUCUAUAUUGUAUUGUAAAUAAUUUACAAUUUAUCAAUAUGUCACAUUAUGAUCCAGUUACAUAUUCAGUGUGGAUGCAAUGUCGUUUAAUUGCUACCGGUAUUGUAUAUCAAUUCGUAUUCAAACGAUAUCUGAAUCGAAUUCAAUGGUUAUCAUUAACAUUGUUAACAAUUGGUUGUAUUUUUAAACAAUUUGAUCAUAUCAAUUGGUCAUUGUUUGAUUCAUGGUUUCGAACAUUUGAAUUCCAUGUUCAGCUACCUGAUCGUUAUAUCAUAUUGGUUAUUGUACAAAUAUUGUGUUCAACAAUCGGUGGUGUUUAUAAUGAAUAUCUGAUUAAAGAAUCACAAGCAACGGUACAUCUUAUGAUGCAGAAUAUUUACAAUUAUAUUCUAUCAAUUGGUUUUAAUUUAUUAUUUAUAUUCACAAUGAUACCAUCGGAUCAUGGACAACGUUGGCGAAUAAUGAAUUUGAUUGUAUUUGAUGAUUAUCAACAAAAUUUCUGGUUCUUUAUUUUGAUCAUCAACAAUGCUCUUUGUGGCAUGGCAGCUAGCAUUUUUCUUUCACAAUUCAAUUCAAUAAUGAAAGUUUUUGCUACCGGUUGUCAUCUUAUUCUAGUUACAUUCAUUUCAUAUUGGCUAUUGAAUGUAGCCGUAAAUCUGUUUACAUUCACAUCAAUCAUAAUCGUAUCAUUUUCCAUCUAUUUAUAUGUAAAAAAUCCAGUUAUUUCAAUUAAUAAUAAUAAUAAUAAUGAUAAAAUAACGAUAUAUAUGAAAUGGACAACUCGUGAAAAAGUAGCAGUUUGUAUAAAAGUAUCAUUUGGAUUGUAA